GUAGGGUACAGGAAUGUUCUGUUUGUGGAUCUGAGGGACAGACAGUUCUACUAUAAACUUACAAGUCUGAGAAUAAGCGAGGGAGGACUGAAUAUUUGCAUGAAAAAAUGUAUCCUUACCAGAAAAGGCUGGUAGCCUCAGGAGCCAGGUACGACAAGCAUUGCCUGCUCGGCAAUAGACUGACAGAUCGUAGCAGCCUGCGAACCCGUCAAGCGCUGCUAGACCACCACUCUCGUCAGGAAAUCGGGGCAGCAAUCAAGAGCUCACUGAAGGCACACCGAGAGGCAAUCAGAGCGCCGGUGAACAAGCCAAUCUUGACAUGUCGGAUGAGAGAGACGCACAGAUUCAGGCUCUGCGGGAGGCUGACAUCGACUCGAUGCUUCAAGCGCAGGUUGCCGCGCUAGAGGCUGCUGCCAGUGCAGCCCGUGACAAGGAAAAUCGCCCCACCACGAAUAAUCGUCCCAUCGAGUUGAAGAAGCCCGAUGGUGAAGCUGGCGGAGGCAAGAAAGGGUUCAAUCUUCAGCGUGCCAUGGGUUUGGAGGACGAGGAUGAGAUCUACAAGCGGAUCCAGGCUGAUGUGCGCUUCAACAUCUGGAAGUACGGGCUUGAUCCAUGGAAGAAGUAUAUGCGUCAGAGCCCUGAGAAAAUCAGCCACGUACUCCAAGCGGGGCGCCAGCAGCACAAGUACCUCUGUACUGAGAGGUUCCCCGACGAUUGGGCACAAACGGAGAUGAUUAAGACCAUCACACGCAACCGACGCAAAUACCUUCGGCGCAAGGCCCGUGCAGCGGGUAAGGAUGUCGUGGACUCAUCUGACUCUGAGGAGGAGGAGGAGGCGGCGGCGGCGGAGGAUAAUCUACCUGAUCUCGAUGCGCCUCAGGAUGGACAGUAAUUCAGCUGCCGAGGCUACCGACAUUCAAGUUGACGAGCUCAGUCGCAUGGGUCCCCUUCCUCCGUAUUUGCUACAACCCGCCAUGUGUAGUAGCGUAGAAGAUCCUAUGAAGCGUUGUAUAUGCUCUCCUCUGCUUAUCGGCUCACACUGCACCACCUAGCGGGUACCAUCUAUUGCCUGAGUUACCAUGCGAAAUUACGCCAG